GUGUGUGGGAACCCACACCCACCACCCUGCAAAGAGUCCCAGAAACAGCCAAUGCCUCUCUCUAAUCCAAAUUAAUGAUCUUGGUGGAUCUAAGCCGAGCACCUCGAUGCUGUACCAAACCCUAUGUAAAGAUUUGUAAGAGCCACCAUGUGUCCUUGGUUUUCAUCUCAGCUCUCUCUAAUUUUAGCGUGGUUUCUGGAGGCUUUAAUUUACCGGCACGGCAGAUUGCAUCAAAUCCUGGGACAAGCCUUGCAGAACUGAGCUUUUUCUCAGAGCUUUUUUUUUUUUUUUCCUUGGGAAUGCAGCAAUUUGUUGAUGGCAGAGAAAUCCUUCAUGUGUUACUGGGCAGAGCCACCCCUUUUGGUGUGACCUACGGAGAAGUUAUAGAAGAGCGGAAGGUGGAGGGAUGUGAUGGACAGGAGGAGGGAUGGCUGGAAGGAGCUGAGAAUCAGGCUGGAGAGGUCUGACAGCCCAGGGGAGAGGCUGCUGCUGGCAGGACUGUGGCUAAGUGAGAAAUUAGGGAAGUAAAGGAGUGUUAAAUCCCAGUGCUCUGGGAAGGGGGAGCAAAUACCAUGUUAAUGGAUCAAGUUAUGGUGAAUAAAGAAGAAAGGAAGCUGUAAGCUCAAGAAGGCUUUUUUUCUUAUAAGGAGGAGAACACUCUUCAUCCUUUAGUUCACUUGUAUCCAGAGUGAAUGACUUUAUAGCUACAGGAGUUUAAGCUUAUUGGAGGAAAAUGCCUUUUUUUGCCUUUUUUUUUCCCAACUAUUUUGCUGGGGAAAGGAUUUGCAAAUGAGAGUUGGAGCAAAGAAAAUCUGCGGAGAGCAAGUUUAACCUUUUCUGAGCAUAGGAGCUGGUGGCCAGUGGGCAGAACUGCUUUGAAUCUGUCCAGGAGAGCAGCACCUUUUGUCCAGAUGCAGCAGUCGGGAUGCGGGAACAAACCGGUGGGACUGUGAGUGCGGUGCAUGUUCCCAUGGAUGGGAAACCAGUACUUGGCUUUGUGGGAUGUCAGUUGUCAGUCACUGCUCUGCUUUCAAGGGUGUUUGAGAUGUAAAGACAUCCUUGUGAGAUCUUUGCUGCUUGGUGUGUCGAUGGAGUUGGGUGCCUGGGAGCUCUGGCACGGACUAUAAAUAGAGCAAUGGAUGGAGCAAUGUGGCAGGUAUAAAAUACGGAAUUAAGGAGCAUUGUGACAAACACGCACCCGGGUGAGCUCGGGAGCUGACGCUGUGUGAGGGGCCGGGCAGAGCAUCCCAUCUGCUCCCUGCCACCGGAGUCACGGAGCUGCUGCUCUGCAUCCUGCAGAGAGCUGCCCUGGAGUGGAAUUUAAAGCUUUGCUUGCCUUGGAUUGGUUUGGACUUGGAUUGGUUUUCACUUGCCAACUUUAAAGUCCCAUUUCGUCGGUGACAUUUUUUUGCACUUUUUCAAUUUUUGCUGCGGUCGCCGCAGGGAAGCUCGUGGAAGGAAAGGAUGGCUGUGUGGUACCACAAAGGUGGCAUUCCAGAGGCUGCUCUGAGAGGACCCCGCUGCCGAAAUGGAUUUACCCCCACGCUGGGUUACGGCAGGAGCUCUGUGCCGGGCCGGCGGCGGCGCUGCCUGGCCCUGCUGCGGCGCGUGACCCGCAUCUGCAGAGUAUGCUGCUUGGAGAUGACAACCAAAAGGAAGAUCAUCGGCCGCCUGGUGCCGUGCCGGUGUUUCCGAGGGGAGGAAGAGAUUGUGUCCGUGUUGGAUUACUCUCACUGUGGCCUGCAGCAGGUGCCAAAGGAGGUUUUCAAUUUUGAGAGGACCUUGGAGGAGCUUUAUCUUGAUGCCAACCAGAUUGAAGAGCUACCCAAGCAACUGUUCAACUGUCAGGCUUUACGGAAGCUGAGCAUCCCUGACAACGACCUGUCCAGCCUCCCCACCACCAUCGCCAGCCUCGUGAACCUCAGAGAGCUUGACAUCAGUAAAAAUGGAAUUCAAGAUUUUCCAGAAAAUAUCAAGUGUUGUAAAUGUUUAACAAUUAUCGAAGCCAGUGUGAACCCCGUGUCCAAGCUGCCAGAUGGCUUCACACAACUUCUAAAUCUGACCCAGCUCUAUCUAAAUGAUGCCUUUUUGGAGUUUCUUCCAGCUAACUUUGGAAGACUUGUCAAAUUGCGAAUUUUGGAGUUAAGAGAAAACCACUUGAAAACUCUACCAAAGUCAAUGCACAAACUGACUCAGCUGGAGAGACUUGAUCUGGGCAAUAAUGAAUUCUCUGAACUGCCUGAGGUUCUUGAACAAAUUCAGAAUCUAAAGGAACUGUGGAUGGACAAUAAUUCUUUGCAAGUGCUACCUGGGUCUAUAGGGAAGUUAAAACAGCUCGUGUACCUGGAUGUGUCCAAAAACAGGAUAGAAACGGUGGAUUUGGACAUCUCGGGAUGUGAAGGGCUUGAGGAUCUCCUGUUGUCAUCCAACAUGCUGCAGCAGCUGCCAGACUCCAUCGGGCUGUUGAAGAGACUGACAACUCUGAAAGUAGAUGACAACCAGCUCACAAUUCUGCCCAAUGCCAUUGGAAAUUUGUCUUUGUUAGAAGAAUUUGACUGCAGCUGCAAUGAGUUGGAGUCCCUGCCCUCCACCAUCGGGUACCUCCACAACCUGAGGACCUUGGCUGUGGAUGAGAAUUUCCUCCCGGAGCUGCCCAGAGAAAUUGGAAGCUGUAAAAACGUUACGGUGAUGUCUCUGCGCUCCAACAAGCUGGAAUUUCUUCCCGAUGAAAUUGGGCAGAUGCAGAAGCUGAGAGUGUUAAACCUGAGCGAUAACAGACUGAAGAAUUUACCCUUCACUUUUACUAAACUCAAAGAACUUGCAGCUUUGUGGCUUUCUGACAACCAGUCCAAGGCUCUCAUCCCGCUGCAGACGGAGGCACAUCCUGAAACCAAGCAGCGAGUGCUUACCAACUACAUGUUCCCCCAACAGCCCCGCAGUGAUGAAGAUUUCCAGUCGGACAGUGACAGUUUUAACCCCACGCUGUGGGAGGAGCAGAGGCAGCAGCGCAUGACUGUGGCCUUUGAGUUUGAAGACAAAAAGGAAGAGGAAGAAAACCCAGGGAAAGUUAAAGUUGAAAUAAAUCUAAAACGUUACCCCACUCCCUACCCGGAGGAUUUAAAGAAUAUGGUCAAAUCAGUCCAAAACCUGGUGGGCAAACCCAGCCAUGGAGUGCGGCCCGAGAACUCUGCACCCGCUGCCAACAGUGACCAAGGGGUGAAAGACAAGUAUGAGCACAAAUGGCCCAUGGCACCCAAGGAGAUUUCAGUGGAGGUUCAAGAUAAAGAAAGUAAAGAAUUUCCAAAGAAUCCCCUGUCUGAGACAGAGAACACUCAGGAAUCACCUCUGGAAGCCUCAGACAGGGAGGAGAAAGCCGAGGGCACCAAGAGUUCAGAGGAUGCCUAUGGACAUCCUGCCAGUGAGAUGAGGAUAGGGGAGCUCCGUCCUUCCAUUCCUGAGACUCCGUUGUACCCCCCCAAACUCGUUCUGCUGGGUAAAGACAAGAAAGAGUCGACAGAUGAGUCUGAAGCAGAUAAGAUCCAUUGUCUGAAUAACAGCGUUUCCUCAGGCACUUACUCAGACUAUUCCCCUUCCCAGGCUUCCUCAGGGUCCUCCAAUGCGCAUGUUAAAAUGGGCUCCUUGCAGACAACGGCUAAAGAAGCAGUGAAUAACUCUCUGUGGGGGAACAGGCUGGCACAGUCAUUCCCACAGCCCCUGGAGACCAAGCCAUUGCUGAGCCAGCGGGAAUCAGCUCCAGCUGGGAACCUGCCGGCACGGCCGGAACGGCGCCCGCUGAGCGACACGUUCGCCGAGGGCUGGACCGAUGGCUCCCACUACGACAACACGGGGUUCGUGGCCGAGGAGAGCGCGGUGGAGAACCCAAACGCCAACCCCCUGCUCACCACCAAAUCGAGGAGCUCAUCCGCACAUGGGCGCAGGCCGCUGAUCCGACAGGACAGGAUAGUUGGCAUCCCCUUGGAGCUGGAGCAGCCGACGCUCAGAAACACACACGAAUCUGAAGUGCCUCCUCCCAAUCCUUGGCAAAAUUGGACCAGAACCCCCAGUCCCUUUGAAGACAGGACAGCUUUUCCUUCCAAACUGGAAAGCACCCCCACCACCAGCCCUUUGCCUGAGAGGAAAGAUCAUGUCAAAGAGUCUCCUGAAAUGACAAGUACUUUCCCUCCAGGAAUAGCAUGGGAAUAUCACGACUCAAACGCUAACAGAAGCCUCACAAAUGUCUUUUCCCAUAUCCACUGUCGCCCAGAUCCUUCCAAAAACGUCAUUUCCAUCAGCAAGAGCACGGAGCGGCUUUCCCCAAUGAUGAGGGAUUUAAAAACGAACAAGUUUAAGAAGUCUCAGAGUAUUGAUGAGAUAGACAUUGGUACAUACAAGGUGUACAACAUCCCCCUAGAAAACUAUGCAUCCGGGAAUGAUACUGUAGGGCCUCACGAGAGGGUGGACAAGCUGCUGGGCCCAGAGCACGGCAUGCUGAGCAUGUCCCGCAGCCAGUCCGUGCCCAUGCUGGACGACGAGCUGCUGACCUACGGCAGUGUCAAGGUGCAGCCGCAGCAGAAAUCGUCCGUCACCAAGAAAGUCUACCAGUUCGACCAAAGCUUCAACCCCCAGGGUGCCGUGGAGGUCACGGCCGACAAGAGGCUCCUGCCGCCCUUCCAGCUCAACCCCGAGUACAUCCCCCAGCCACCCAAAAACCUGCCCCAGGAGCUGGUGAGCCCGCGGGGGUACCGCGGGUAUGCGCCCGUGGAUCCCGUGUUCUCCUUCUCGCAGCCCUCGGUGAGCGAGGAGCCCAUGGGGCCCCCCUUCGGCAGCCAGAGCGCACGGCCGGGCUUCCUGCGCAGGGCGGAUUCCCUGGUCAGCUCCACCGAGAUGUCCAUGUUCCGCAGGGUCAGUGAGCCCCAGGAGCUGCCCCCGGGCGACAGGUACGGCCGGGCCCCGUUCCGCGGGGCGGCCGAUCGCCAGAGCGGCAUGGCCGUGCCCGAGGCACAGUUCCUCAAGCGCAACGGGCGCUACGAAGACGAGCUCCCUUCCUACCAGGAGGUGAAAGCCCAGACUGGGAGCUUCCCAGUUAAAAACCUCACGCAAAGGAGGCCCUUGUCUGCACGAAGCUACAGUACAGAGAGCUACGGCACAUCCCAAACCCGGCCCGUCUCAGCGAGGCCGACAAUGGCAGCGCUGCUGGAAAAGAUUCCGUCAGACUAUAACUUGGGUAACUAUGGCGACAAGCCUUCCGAUAACAGUGAUAUAAAGCCAAGGCCUCCCCCUGGGAAGGGAAAUGAGAGCUGUGCUAAAAUGCCCGCUGACUGGAGACAACAGCUACUUAGACAUAUAGAAGCUAGAAGGUUAGACAGGACCGCUGCUUACAAACACCACACAGUUAGCCUUGGCAUGCUGCACUCUGGAGGGGUUUCAGCAAUGCAUGCCGGCCGAAGCAUGACUUUAAACUUGCAGACUAAAUCUAAAUUUGAAAACCAAAUGCUUCAAGAGCUACCUCUACCGAAAACCCCGUCGCAGCAGAGCAGCAUCCUGGACAACGGGCAGGACGAGGUGUCCGUGGGCAGCCAGUGGAACCCGUACCCGCUGGGGCGGCGGGACGUGCCCCCCGACACCGUCACCAAGAAGGCAGGUAGCCACAUCCAGACCCUCAUGGGAUCCCAGAGCCUGCAGCACCGGAGCCGGGAGCAGCCCUACGAGGGGAGCAUGAACAAGGUCACCAUCCAGCAGUACCAGCCGCCGCUGCCCAUCCAGAUCCCAGCGGCCCAGAGCUCCCGAGCCCCCCAGACCGGGCGGUGCCUCAUCCAGACCAAGGGCCAGCGGAGCACCGACGCCUACCAGGAGCAGUUUUGUGUGAGGAUAGAGAAGAAUCCUGGCCUGGGGUUUAGUAUCAGUGGUGGAAUAAGUGGACAAGGAAAUCCAUUCAAACCUUCCGAUAAGGGUAUCUUUGUUACUAGGGUUCAGCCUGACGGCCCCGCGUCCAGCCUGCUCCAGCCUGGGGACAAGAUCCUGCAGGCCAAUGGACACAGCUUUGUACAUAUGGAACACGAGAAGGCUGUGCUUCUACUGAAGAGUUUCCAGAACACAGUAGACCUUGUUAUUCAACGUGAGCUUACUGUCUAAAUAUUUUUUUAUAAAUAGUAAAUAUGUCUAGCCAGAUCUAAUGUUCAAACAGAUUUAUACAUAGGAAACCAAUUUUUUGCCAAUUGCUGGACCAAUGGCAAACAGUAGUGCCAAAUGUAUAAUACUCUAUGUUAGUACCAAUCAUCGGGAAAAAAUAUAUUAACUAUAUAAAUAUAUUGUUCAUGUGGCUCCGUAUUAGUUUUACUUGUCAGCCUCUGGCUGUGCAUUGGUGCGUUUUUUUAAUCAAGUUACUUCUUAAAGUCGAUUUCAUAUGAUUUCAGAACACAGAAGCACAUACAAAUCCUUUAGGAAUUCUGCUGUCCAUCAGAAACACUGCCUCAGAGUUGUAUAUGCCUUUAUAAAGAUGAACUAUAUUAACCUGUACUUCCCAUGAAAUAUUUCUAUCAUGUCGCAUACAAAAGUAUAGAGAAAAAAAUAUUUUCAUAAACACCUCAAAGAAAGUAUAUAUUAAAUUAAAUUUAAUAAUGUUCAUUUAUUUUCAAUGCAAAGAUAUUCUAUGCCUUAUGAAAAUACCUGUACAUAUGCCGUGUGUAUAGUUGGCUCCGUAGGGAUCAGGAACAAUUCAUAUACAGGGUGAGAGACUUCUGAAAUUGGAACUCUGGGACCUCGGUACAAAAACCCACAUGGAAAUGGGUGAACUUCCUUUGGAAUGGGCCAGGUUGGAUGGGCCUUGGAGCAACCUGGUCUAGUGGAAGGUAUCCCUGCCCAUGGCAGGGGAUGGAAUGGGAUGAGCUCUAAGGUCCCUUCCAACCCAAACCAUUCUAUGGUUCUGUGAUUCUGAAUUCCUUUGGAAUGGGUUAACUCCCUCUGGAAUGGGUUAACACCUUUGGUUUGGCACUUCCCAUGGAUUCCAUGUGCACACUCUACAGGAGAACUCCGAGGACAGGCAGGUUUGGCUCACGGAUGGAGGAAGGUUGUGAUGGUGGCAGUAAAACUUCUUUUGUUGCUGCUAAUUUUAUUAUUUCACUUUUUUAAUUUCCAAUUCGAGGCCCUUUACUCACAUCCCCCAUUCCCAUGGACAUUGUUGUGUAUCUUCACUGGCUCCAGGCCGGGCCGGGCCCAGCUUGGGAUAUUCCCAUCGGGGAGGCUUUAUGUGAUCCUUGAUUUGAUCAGGAGUCCUUUACAGGGAAUGGGAGCAGGUUUAGAGCUGCCACACCCCAGGGAGCAGCAGGUGACACUGAGUGACAUCAAGCCAGCCUGGAAGGAGCAUUCCCAGCUCAGGGCACAGUGUGACAACCCCUCAGGUCCAAGUCCUGGUGCUGCUCCCAACAGAGUCCUGACAGCUGCUGGUGGUUCAGGGCUCCAGCGUGGUUAUACCUGGCAGCAAGAUGGAAAAAGACAGGGAAACCUCCCACCAGGUGUUUUCAGAGGAUCCCAUUUCCCUGAGGAAGGGAUGAGGGAGAGCUGGCACCAGGCUCGUCUGUGCCCAGGCUCAUUCCCACCCAAAAAUCCCACAUCCAAGGGUGCAGCCACAGCCCACAGACACAGCUGGGGAUAUUCCACUUCGCUGCCUCCAAGAGCCACUAGGAAUUCCUAACCCUUCCCUCCCUGGCUGUGGGACCUUUUGGAGAUUUGCCAGGAGCGGAGGGACAGAGCUGAGCCCCGGAGAGCUGAGGGGUCCCCCCUACACAGGGGGUCCUGCACAGGGCGAUGGUGGGGGAGGAAAAAGAAAGCAAAAAAGCUGCUUUCAAAAUGCUUUUUUAAAAUUUUUUGAGGAAAAAGCUCAGCCCAGACCGCAGGAAGCCUCCAGGACCCCCUUUUCCCAGUGCCAGCUCACAGUUCGUAUCCAGGUGAUGACAAACUAGGGGAGUUAUCAGCCAGGUGUUCCAACAGCAACAAUUUAACAUCUUCAAAUCUUGCUUUCUGAGAUAUUUUAUAACACAUCGACAUCUGCAUCUGUGUUUGGUAGCAGUGCCAGCCCCUGUGAGGGGACAGGAGAUGCCAGCCAGGGUGGCCAUGCCCAGCCAGUGGCUCCAAGCAGGGCCCAGGCAGGACAAUACUGGGGGUGAAUGGGGCAGCUGAGAGCAGAGUCAAGGAAAUCCAAGGAAAAUCCAAGGAAAAAAGGAGUAUGGAAUGUCUGGGUGUUGGUUUGCUGCUGUUAGUGAGCACUUGGAGUGUAAAGAUGUUGGUUAAAGCCCCUUCCAGUGCCUAAAGGGGCUCCAAGAGAGCUGGAAAGGGACUUCGGACAAGAGCCUGGAGGGACAGGACAAGGGGGAAUGGCUUCCCACUGCCAAAGGGCAGAGUUAGAUGAGAUACUGGGGAGAAAUUUCUGGCUGUGAGGGUGGGGAGGCCCUGGCACAGGUUGCCCAGAGAAGCUGUGGCUGCCCCAUCCCUGGGGGUGUCCAAGGCCAGGUUGGACAGGGCUUGGAAUAACCUGGGAUAGUGGAAGGUGUCCCUGCCCAUGGCAGGGGGUGGAACUGGAUGAGCUUUAAGGUCUCUUCCAACUCAAACCAAUCUGGGAUUCUAUGAAACCUCUCUGCUGUAAUAUAGCAUUAAUUACCUUAUGCAAUCAAAAAUGCUUAUUUAUAGAUGUGUAUAUAUCUGAAAGGGAGAUUUGCAACAGGAAAUGCAAACCCUAUAUUAAAUUACAAAGGCACAUUUGGAUCAGCUGAGACAGGCCACGGUGUCAGACCCAGGUCUGUACAGGGUCAGUGGGGAUCAGGGUGGUUAUUCCUGGGAAUUGUCUGUGGCAGGAGAAGGGUCGAAGCCAGGGCUGUGCUGCCCAGUCCAGCUCAGGACACGGCGGGGUGUAUUUCCCCCCAGCCAGGCAGACCCUGUCCAACAGGAUCAGGGUUGGACAUGGGGCACACACAGGCACAGGAGGUGACAAAGCUGUGGAGUCACCACCCACCUUGGCAGAAUUUGGCCAUAAACUAAAACACAAGAACUUCCACCUCAACAUGAGGUAGAACUUCUUUCCAUGGAGGGUGGUAGAGCCUGGAAUAGCUGCCCAGGAAGGGCAUGGAGUCAGUCUCCUUAGCUGGAGACAUCCCAAAUCCACCUGGACAAAUUCCUUUGUCACCUGUUCCAGGUGACCCUGCAUGGGCAGGGAGUUGGACUGGGUGAUCUCCAGAGGUCCCUUCCAACGCCAGCUAUCCUGUGAUCCUGUGAACUGGUUGGAUUUCACAGUUAGAAAUCCCACACUGGGGAAGUUGGGAAUUCUCUCUGCAGUCUGAGCUCCCUGCCCAUGGCUGGCAUGGCCCCUCCCUUCUCUCCCUUUCAGAUUCCAUAAUUCCCUCUUGAAGCGCACAAAGCCGUCUGGCCUCAUCCCCUUAUUCCCAGGCACUCAGGUCCUGGGUCAUUCCCUAUGGCCGUGCCAAUACAACUUUCCGGGCAGUAGUUUGAUGGGAUACGGAUCCACUGGGGGUUUGGGUGCUGUGGGAACGAGGCUGUUGGCGCUGUGGGCCACUCCGGGAGCCUGCAGGGCCACUGCUGACCCAAUCCCAAAAGGGACCGUUUGCAAAUCGUGGAAUUGAAAAAAAAAAAAAAACAAACCUAAAAAAACUUUUUGCCAAUCCCCUUCCUGGAUGAUUCCAGCCGAUUUUGUGGAAGUGACUGAAUGACACCAUUGCAUUGUGUGAGGACCCCUGGCCCUGGCACUCAGGGCCUUUGUCUCUGGGCUGCCUCGGUGGCUCAUGUCCCUCCCUCGUGUCCCCCCUUCGUGUCCCCUCCCCGGGCAGGGCACUCGCUCAUCACUUCGGUUUUCUACCUGUGAGUACUGUAUCCGGUUCAGAACCAACAGCUUCCUUUAUUAAAGAUUUUACCAUUUUAUAAAAGACAUGUUUAAUUAUGAUGGAGAUGGCUGUAUUGUAAUUAAUAUUUUGAGAUAAUUGUGAUUUUGAGCUUAAAUUAUAUACAGAAAUGGUCAUUUUUGUAUGUGUUCAAAGAUUGCUAUAUUCCAGAUGACUGUACUUUUCAGUUGAAUUCCAGUAUUCCUGUAAAUAAAGCUGAAUGAGGAAAUAUUUACUACUUUAUUAACAUAGAUUGUGAAUGUACUUCAUGUUUUUUGCAGUAUAAAGACUUAACUGAACUUGAAAGCUGCUUCAUUUUCUGUGCAAAAAGGUACUUCAAAAAUUCUAUUUUAAAUCUAUUGAUUGAGUGCAAUCAACUCUCGUCCCUUGGCACAUGCAGGUUGUCCCCUCCCCGUGCCCUGUGGGGCCCCGGCCCGUGCGUGUGGUGUUGAUGCAUUUUGCAGAUGCUUCUGUCCAUAGGGAGCCCAGGGACUGAACCGCCGCUGUGCAGUAUUAGCAGAGCCAUUUUCGGCUUUGGUGUACCCGAAUUUUUCAGUAUUUCAAAAAAAAAAAAAUGUUUUGAAUAACAUAAAAAAGUCUCUUUAUUGUAUAAAUAAUAAAAAUGUCACCUUAUUGUAA